AUGACCCAUCUGAUCCCCGGCCAAACCGCACGCAUCGCCAAGCAGUGUCUGCGUACAUUGGAAGACACUUCCGGAACCGUUCGGCCCCCUGCAAGACGAGCACAGCAACCCCCCAACGGAAGUGAAAACUCGAGGCUACGUGGACUUGCGCAGUCACUAGGCCCUUGGGUAGAGGCUCAGGGUCGGCUUGUCAUCCGGGGGUCACGGUUUGUUCGUUGGAGUGAUGAAGGCGACAGGCACUCUAUAGAACAGGAUGCUGGGCCAGAAGCUCCAGAGUCCCCGGGUUCCAAUAUUGAAAAUAGCAUUGUAUUACUGCGGCCGGUAAUGGAGUUUUGGGUUCCAACUUAUCCGACUGAGCAUCGGGAAAAGGUCUUUGAUGUGAUUGAUUUCCACAUCCACUAUCUUGCCGCUCGUUUGACGCACUGGGGUCCCGGCGCCAACCCCUUCAUCCGCUGCCGGGCGCAAACGGUCUGUGGCGAUGCCGCGCUUUUCGACUCGGUGGCCGCCUUCACGCACGGCGUACGCAUCACUACGCUGGAAGACAAACUCACACCCAGUGCCACCGUGUUGUGGCACAAGGCGCGAGCGCUGAGGGCGCUGCAAGCAAAGAUAUCGACGGAGACGGAAGACAAAGUAGCCACUUGGACGGCGAACGAGACCAUCCUGGCGACUUUCUACUUGAUGGAGGGGGCGGCGAGGUUUGGUUAUGAACCUGAGUUUAAGGCUCAUUGCCUCGGGUUGCUUCGGAUGAUGCAGCUGAGGAGUCAGGUUGCGAGUGGUUGCUUGAAGGAUCUCUAUGUUAUGCAGGCGGUUGGGCUGGUUGAGGGCACGGAAAUGGCAUCUGGUCUCAAGCACGACAUUGCUCAAGCAAGUCAUCAACCAUCCAGCAAUAAGCAGGCUGAUGGCGCUUCUGUUACGGCGACGACGGCACUUCGAUACCCUCGGCCAACUAUCCAGCUCGGUCGGUCGUUGCAGUCCGCGAUUGAUGCCUUACCAGAGGGCUUCCGUGACUUGGCCAUGUCGGGGAACCUCAGCGUUGAUCUCAUCUUGCUUCUCGGAGAGCAGUCUCAACGGCGCGACAGCACUACUCAGUCUGCGGAACGCCAAACCAAGGGAAGUCUGUUGGCUAACCGGUCGCAGAACGCGGUGGAACGACUGGCCUGUUUAGGCACAGUUGCGUUCCUCACACGGCGCACGGCACAGAUGCAAAUGUUGCCUGAAGUAGCGUAUAUCGACAGGUUGGCGAUGCUGGGGAGCCAGAUGCCAUCUUUUAGCGAGGGAGGGGCCUUGUGCCACCGUGAGUUGAGGGUCUGGGCAACGCUUGUUGGAACUGAGAUUGCGAUUACGGCUGGUGCAACGCUUAAGCAGCGUGCUCGUCAGUUAUUGCUGGUUUUGGUACGCCAGGAGAGGUGGAUUGGUGGUUGGACUGACGUUGAGAGGAUAGUCAAGCGAUACCUAUGGGAUGAGAAGUCUCUUGCUGCCUGGAAGAGACACUGGGAGAAUCAUCAGGAUCCGAACCAGGUUUAA